UACGAAACUGAAAGUAGAAAACGGGUGACGGUUAAAUAUGGCGUCCGGCGAGCGGCUACACAGUUUUUAGCUUAUUAUAUUUGGACUCAUUGUUUGCUUGGGAACAUUGAUUAAAAACUAUGUUUUCAUAAAGCCGCCGCCAUGUUGUCUUCAGAACAGUGACGACGGAGAGUGACUCGUUAAAGUCAUGUCGGCGCCUAGGAUCCAGGUGUUGGGAUUAAAACCUAAUAAAGUAGGCCAAAGUUAACAUUAAGUGAUUUUGCGGAGUCUGUAACUACAGGAGACAUGGACUCAGACACGGAAGUGGACAGCAUCUACAGGCAGGGGAAUAUGGAGGAGGAGAGGAAAAGGUGGAAGAGGCCUCCCUCCAGUUAUGGUUCAAUGAAGAGCGAAGAGUCGGAGGAAGAGGAGGAGAGAAAUGUAGAAGAAGUUGCAAUGUUACCUGAUUCAUCUGCUCCGGAGGCGACCAGGUUGCAGCUGAUUCGCUCCGAUUCUCCAGAGACCCUGUACACUAUGAUCACGCAGCAACUGCCACCAGGAGCUGAUGUCAUUGACACCAGGUUGUCUGCUCCGGGGAGUCCUACAGAAAACGACGAGGAUCCUAUGGAUAAUGUUUUGACUAACUCCCCAGAACCACCUGAACCCAUUGAAUUUGACUAUCCACUGGAGACUGAGGAAGAUAUAAGACUAGGCAGACUACAUCCUGAGCAAGACCUGACACAUAUAUUCAGGAGUAUCCAGACGUGCCUGACAGGCCUCACCUGGCAAGAGCUGUUGAAUUUUAAGUUGCGGUUUUUACAAUGUGAACAAGGUUUAACUGAGCAACAGGUGACGGAGGGAGACUUACUGGAUUUUGUCGACAAGAUCGUGGAGAUCCUGGGCCAGGACCAAGCCCUGAUGCACACAAUAAGUAAUCUAGAAUCUAUCGGCAAGAAAACAGAAGCAGAAAAUCUACAGAAUCUGUGCAAGAGAGCGUUCAUCCGUUUUCAUCUGAGGCAGCAGUUGAUCCGAAAACACCGGAUCAUCCGCGAGGGGGUCGUUCGAGCCGGACGCUGGAAUCCUCUGGAUACAAUCUAUGUUGAGCCCCAGAUUUCCACCCGUCGCCACGGAGGAGUCGAUCCCUCUCAUGAGUUCCGAUCACAUCCUGCCUCACCUCUACAGCUCCCCAGCCCCGACAGCUUCGUUCGUGCGAAUGAGCUGUUACGACUACAGAUUGACGACAACAAACCGGUGAGGACGGUGCUGACCAGCGGGAUUCCAGGAAUUGGAAUGUCUGUAUCUGUGGGGAAGUUCUCUCUGGAUUGGGCAGAACAACGAGCCAAUAAGGAUCUGCAGUUUGUCAUCAAUCUUUCCUUCCACACUUUCUGGCUUCUGAGAAACAACCUCACCUCUUCCUCUCAGAAGAUGUCCAUCAUGCAAGUGAUAGAACAUUGUCACCCUGAGUGCAAAGACAUGACGUUCCUGGAGGAAGAGGACUGUCGAUUUCUCGUCAUAAUGGACUCCUUCGACUGUUACCAAGCUCGUCUGGACUGGAAGCAUGCUCCGGUAAUUAAUAGCAAUUACACACAAGCACAUCCUGACGUCCUGAUUGUAAAUAUCAUCCGAGGGACGCUGCUUCAUGGUGCCUGCAUCUGGAUCCUGGGUAGACGUGGGGCUGUCUCACAAAUCCCAUCUGACCUGAUAGACGUUGACACGGAAAUACAAGGCUUCAGUGAUGAGAUGAAAGAUGACUAUCUGACCAAACGCUUUAGCGACGCACAGCUAGCUGCGAAUAUUGUGUCCCAUCACAAGCGCCUGCCGACACUCAGCAUCCUCGCCCGACAGCCAUUUGUCUGCUGGAUGGUGGCCACCGUGUUUGAGCGCUGCUACCGCUACCAGGGCUACGGCGUGCACCCCCCCAGGCUGACGCCGUUCUACGUCAACAUUUUGAUCGUCCAGACCAAUCGCAGGCUGCAGUUCUACUAUGGAAAGAGGGAAAAUGAACUGAAAUGGUCCAGUGAAGACAAGAGCCUGCUGACAAAGAUGGGCCGCAUGGCCUUUAAGAUGAUGGAGAGGAGGACCAGUGUGUUCUUUGAAGAGGACGUGAAGCAGUGCGGUCUGGAGCUGACGGAGGUCACGGUGUGGUCCGGCCUGUGCACCGAGCUCCCCUCUGCAGAGUCAGACGGGAGGAGGACGUUCUGCUUCAUACACGUCACCUUUCAGGAGUUCAUGGCCGCCUUGUACGUCUUCACGAUGUUCUAUGUGGAGUCAAAGAAUGUUCUGGAACCGGAGGUCUCGCACAUCUCCAAGAUCAUCAGGUCCAGGUCGCAGGCCAAAUCAGCAGCAAACCUGGUCCAGUGCGCGUUGGGGCGAACAUUCAGCUCCGCCCCUGGCGACUAUGACAUGUUCCUGCGCUUUCUGUGUGGCCUACUCUCCCAGCAUUGCCACAAAAGUCUGCUGAGCGGCUUCCUGUUCCCUCACAACACUCCGAAGGUGGGCGGACUGGAUGAGGUGCAGCGGCUGCUGGAGAAGACGAUUGACAAGAACCCAGUACACAGGGUGGAGAACCUAAAGGAGUGCCUUAGAGAGAUGAUCCAGGAAGAUGAGUGAUCAGAAAAUCUCUCCGACUUUAUAUCGAUAUGAUGGAUCGAGGAUAAGUUUCUCUCUCAUCACAAAAAUGAUGUGAAAGGUGUGAAUCUCAAAUCGCUGAAAACAUUCAACUGAACAUGAUUCUGAGUCUAUUCUGAAGAAAGCACCACGUUGACUUGAAAUUGAACGACUUUGUUUCUCACUAAAUGACGUCUUAUCUCUCAUUAUAUGAGAUGAUAUAUGGUCGUUAUACUCCGUUGUACUAAUGCCACUUCUGCACAACUCAAAACCAAAUGUUAAAUUAUACAUUCAUGUACGGCGCUUUUUAUGCUAUUGUAAUUUCCGCAUGUCUUACAAUGAGCACUAAUGAAAAUAUUUUCUCGCACAGAUUUUUAAGUCAUCCAGCUGUGUUCUGUUAUUUUCAUUUACGCCCUUUUCUCCUCGACUAAAUACACAGAGGUGACAAAAGAGCUGUCUUUUUUAGAGAAAUGCUACCUUUUAACAGCUAGAGCUACAAGAUGUGAUUAAAACCGUACAGGAAAGUGAACAUGUGCAGGUGAAGCCAUGUAAGGUGUUUGGGAUGGCAUAACACUACUAGGUGACUGUCAGAGGAAAACCCGCCGCUUGGCCACAAGGGGGUGAGCUUGUACUUAAAGUUGUUCUGUAUCAGUCUGUGGCUUUUAUUCAUGGUCUUCAAAUUUACGAAUGGCAUCUGGAUUAAGAGGAGUUGUUUAGGAAAAUGUGAACUUGAUUGAAACUGAUACAAUUGAUACUGGCCAAUCCCAGACCAAUAUCACAAUGUAUAAAUGUUCAGCAGGUCACUUCCUGUUUCUCCAAGCUGGCUGGUUGUUAGGAGCUGGACAAUAAGCCUCCCUCUACAUUCUGAUUCAAAUGGCUGCAAUCAGUCGCCAGGUUGUUUUUUCAUUUCAGACAACUCGGAUCAACAAAGAGCGUACGAAGAAACAAACUGUUUUGAUGACGAGCUUAACAAAUGGAAAGAACUGAACUGAAGCACCCGUCCACAUAGUGGCUGGAUGAAAUGAACUUUCUUUAAAUAUUCUCUGUCGGAAUAAAGGUGAAAAUUCUAUUGAAUCUAAAAGCAA